GACCUGGCGUGGUCCGCGCUGAUGGGCGGCUGGCGAACAGCGACGGAGCGAGUGAUGGUGACAGCCGGGGGUUGGCAGCAGCCGUGCUGGACGCAGCGGCACUCCUGCCCGAGAUUGCAGCACUGCGUGUGGACGCCGCUGCUGCAGCCGCCGACAGGCUGCCUCUCCUCCUCCUUGACAGCGGCGUUGGUGCCGCUGGCAUGGCGGGCCCUGCUACAACACUGCCGCCGCUGCUACAGCCACUGCUGCUGUUCCCUGGUGGAGAAGAUACUGCGAGAGCAGCCAGACGUGGGGCAGCUGUACCUGCUCAUCCAGCCGCGGGGGGACACCACCGCGCACCAGCGCCUCGCCUCCCAGGUGCGGCAACAGGCCCUGCACGCUGCUCCUCCCCACCCCUGCACACGCCUCGCAGUUCUAGAUGCUCCACUGCACGCCUCCUCACCUGUGUGAUUCCAUCGGCCAUUUUUGGGCAUCUGAAGCAGCGGUACGGCGAGGGCUACGAGGCGUUCAUGAGCAGCAAGCUGACGGCGGUGGACGGCAACAUAGGCGAGGAGAACCUGGGUCUCAGCGUGGUCACCAGUGCUGCUCUGGCGGAUAAAGUGGAUCUCAUCAUCACUCCGCUGCCACCACUGACUUUGACGCCCGCGUACGUGAACGGCAAGCGCAAGGGGCAGGCCAUGGAGCGCCCCUUCGCACCCGGGGACACCAUCGCAGCGGAGAUGCUCGCACAGGCCGCACACUCCCCUGCUGCCUCUGCUGCGGCUGCUGCAGCAGCAGGCAUUCCCGCGCUAGACGUGGACGGGGAGGUGGCGUUUGCGCAUAAGGAGCGCGCGGAAGUGGAGGCGGCGGCAGUGGCGAGGGGUGCGGGCAAGGACGAGGUGCUGGCUGCUGUGAAUGCACACAUGUCCGCCCUGGGCCGCGCCAGGGCGCAGGUGUUUGGGUGGCAGGACGCGUACGUGCUGUCCAAGGCCAUGAGGGGAGAUGACACUGGGGGAGCAGCGCGGGGGAGCGCAGCGGCUAACCCUCUGCAUGUGAAGACCAUUGCCGAUGCUGCCACUGACCAUUUUGCUGCCAAGCCCAUGAAGCAGAAGGAUGGCUCGCCCAUUUCUGUCGCUCCGGCUAGGGUCUUCAAAUUCCCCAUGCUGUUCCUCCUGGACCUCUGGAUCCGAUACCAGCUCCCCAUGCUGGGCUCACAGCAGCAGCUGCGAUUCAACAGUGCGCGGGCCGUGCUCCUCACCUCGCCUCCUCUGGCUGCUUCCGUCCUGUCGGUUGAGGAACGCCUACGAAGGAGGGGAGAGGGACUUGACGAUACGCGCAAUCCUGCUCAUCGUUCGCCCUCGCACCGCAUAUCUGAGGACGGGUCGCCGCAGUUAGCGGUAGAGCUGCCUCUCGCGCACCUGUCGGACGCGGUCGCGGUGACGCUGGGCGAGUUCCUGGCGACGGCGUGUCCAGAGCUGCAUAUCGUGGACGUCAGCAGCGCAGACGCGGUACCCACCGUGAGCGGCCACGGCAUUCUCUUCCUGCUGCGCGCCGUGGGACCGCACCUGCAGCACGCCAACCUCUCCAACAUCCCGCUCGGCCGCGAGGCCUUCAGAGAUCUGUUCCAGCGCGGGCUGAACGCGCGCAGCCUGUGCUUCUCCUUCUGCCGCGUGCGCAAGCUCGACUUCGUGGGCGCGUUCCCGCGCCUGCGCUCCCUCGUGCUGGACCACAACCCCGCCAUCACGUGCCUCCCCGACGGCUGCUUCUCCAACGCGCCGUCGCUCACGUCGCUCUCGCUCUGCGCCACGGGCAUCUCGAACCUCUGGACCACUGUCGCCGCGCUAGCCAAGCUCCCCCUCUUGACGCAGCUCCGCUUUCAGCGGUGCAUGUGCUGCCGCGGCGACACGUCCGCGUGCGCGGAGCUUGCAGCGGGGCUGGCUGGCGAUGCCCGCGGACGCGGACGAGGGCGCGCGGAGGGAGGUGGCGAGAGCAAAUGCUGGGUGAGGAGGAGGAGGAGGAGGAGGAGGAGGAGGGAGGAGGAGGAGGAGGAGGAGGAGGAGGAGGAGGAGGAGGAGGAGGAGGAGGAGGAGGAGGAGGAGGAGGAGGAGAUGUUUGACGGGGAUGCGAGUGAUGAGCGUCCAGAGGAAGAGGAGGAGAGCGACGAGGACGAGGAAGAGAGAGAACGCAGGGAUGGUGAGUUUCGCCACGUGGGCAUGCCAUGGCAGCAGGUUCUGUCUCGUGAAGCGAGGGGACUGAGGCAGGGAGGUGGAGAGCAGCAGGACGCAGCAGAAGCAACAACCGCGGGGAAUAAUGGCGGUGCAACAGGCGCGGGAGCUGAGGGUCUUGGCCCCAGAGCAGUCCCUCUGGGCCCAUCACCGCGCAUGCGUCCCGGUCGCCUUCACCAGCAUCAACCUCUGUUUCGGCCCAUUCCUGCUGUCCGCACUGCUGCUGCUGUGCCAGAUAACAUGGCGGUGAGGGAAGGCGAGCGCGCACAGGCGGAGGGCGAGUGCGAGAGCAGCUUUGAGCCGCUGCCGUACGGGCUGGGCAGCAUUGGUAACGUCGUGCACCUGCUGAGACGCAGAGAGAUCCGCGCCCCGCUCAGAGCACUCGCCUCUGUUGCUGCCCGCCCACUUCCCAGCCAGCAAAGCGUUUCCAAGGAAAAAUUGCCUCCUGUUGGUGCUGUAACUGCAUCUUCUGACUGCGUGACUGGCAGCAGUGGCAGGCCUGCGGGAGGCGCAGCAACGGAGGAGCUGGUGGGGGGACAGCAACGGCAGCAAGACAGGGUCGCGGGCGUAUUGGGCAGUGGGAGCGGGGAUGGUGCUGACAGCCAACGAGUGGGGCAGACCGACAUGGAGUAUUCGUCGCAUGAUAGCGAGGGUGACGAAAAUGGUGAUGGCGAUGAUGGUGACGAGGAUGGCGGUGGUGCAGGGAGAGGCAAUGCGCGGUGUUGUGGGAAGGGCAAAGCACCUGUGGAGGAGCAGGACCCAGAAUCCGCCUCUGCACGUCUGUGGCGUGCUACAGCCGGAGCCAAGGGCGGUAGUGUGGAGGGCUACAGGCGCGCUCUAGGAGCCAACCGAGUGGGCUGUAGCAGCUGGCCCGCCAGCCGCCCCAUGACCUGCCCUCUGCGCAACGCAGGGCUGGACGCUCCCAGAACGAUGUCGUCGAGCCUGCGGCCACGGCAGUUUGAGUACCAUCCAACGGAGGCGCAUCUGAUGGUGUUUGGCACGCUGCACGGGGAUGUGGUGGUACUCAACCACGAGUCAGACCGCCUCGUGGGCCACGUGCAGUCCGUUGUUCUCACUCAUUCUUCUCCCCUCCUCCGUGCCCCUCACCCGCCCUACCCCACUCUCCUCCCUCCAACUCCUCUUUCCACCUGCCUGUCUCCUCUCCCUGUGCCUCUCCUCUCCAUGUGUGCCACCACAGCAGCAGCAGCAGCAGCAGCAGCAGCAGCAGCGGCAGUAGCACCGGCGGACUUGACCACCCCUCCGGCUGUGCUGGCAGCGCCAGCAGCUGGUGCAGGACGCACAGGAGGUCUGGUGUCAGACAGUCCGCUUGGUCUUGGUGGUUCUGCAAGUGGAAGCUCUCCUGUGACUCCUGGACGGUUGCGGCACCCUGCCAUCCACACAUAUGAUGAGUUUGAGCAGCUCACGUCCGUGCAUGUCAACUGCACUGAUGACCUCUUCCUCGCCAGCGGGUAUGUGUUUCUAUACUGUGAUGCUGCCACGCUUCCCGUACCCUCCCUCUCCCCUUCCUUGUUACUGCCUUGGUACUCGAACCACGUGGGGCUGUACGACCUGCACACGGGGCGGCGGCUGCACACGCUGCACAACCUGCACCGCGAGCACAUCAACGUGCUCAAGUUUGCCCACCACUCGCCGCACGUCUUCGCCACCUCCUCCUUCGACCGCCACGUCAAGCUCUGGGACGCGCGUCAGCGCAUCUCGUCCUCGUCUGGGGGCGGGUUCGGGGGGCUGUUUGCGCAGGGGCGGGAGAGCGUGCGGCCGAUUUACUCUGUGCGCAGUGACCGUGGCAAUGUGAUGGUGUGCUUCAGCCCUGAUGAUCAGUUCCUGCUGUCCUCUGCUGUUGACAAUGAGGUGCGGCAGCACAUAGCAGUGGAUGGUCGGCUGCAGCAGCGGUUUGAGAUAGCGGCGCUGGGCAGUGCGCACAACUACACGCGGUCCUACUACAUGAACGGGCGUGACUACAUUGUAUCAGGCAGCUGCGAGGAGAACGUGGUGCGCAUCUGCUGCGCUAAAACCGGUCGCCGCCUCCGCGACAUCCCCCUGGAGGGCAAGGGCGGCAAGAGCUCCCUCUACGUGCAAUCUCUGCGAGGAGACCCCUUCAGGGACUUCCAUCUGUCGGUGCUCGUGGCCUACAGCCAGCCCAACUCCCCCUCAGACAUUGUCAAGGUGAAUCUAGUGGCGGGUCCUCCGCACCGAAAGGGCCUAGACUUUCAGACUCGGCCGUUGGCGUCAGUGGGUGCGUAG